GCCAGGCCAGAGUGACAGGAAACUCCACCAUUCACUGUGGGACCUGGGAGAGCUCUCUGGUCCGGAUUCCGGGGUGGAGGACAGUCGCUUCUCUCGGAGAACCUGAAAACUCCCGGUAGCCACAGGUGCCACGUGGGGUGGCCAGGGAAAGUCACCAGUCAGCAGCGCAGUGGCGGGAACCGCAGCCCGGCGGCCCUGGAACCUCCCAGGAGGAAUUAGAAUGCCUCAACCCUGCUCACCUGGCUCUUUACAAAGAUCUCCUGUUGGCAAAGUACAACAGUCUGGUUUCUGUGGGUCUCCCACUGCUCAGCCAGUCCUGCUCACCUGGGAAUCAGAACAAUGAGCCCUGGAUGGAGAAGAGAGAGGAGACAAUAGCCGAGGAUCCAGCUUUUUACUAUUGACACCUUGAUGUGAAAUGUCAAAAAGUUCCAGUCUUUGUUCCUAAGAACCUCAGAGAAGAGCAACAGAAAGAAUGGAUGAUUCUCCUGUAAAUGCACCCCAGGGUCUGUUGACAUUCAGGAAUCUGGCUGUGGACUUUUCCCCAGAGGAAUGGGAAUGUCUGGACUCCUCUCAAAGGUCUCUGUAUAUGGAUGUAAUGUGGGAGAAUUACAGCAAUCUAGUUUUUGUAGAGAACCAUUGCAUAUGUGGUAAAUACGAGAAGGUCUUGGAUCAAGACUCAAAGCACAUUGUCCAUGAGGAUGUGAAUAUCCAAGAGAAGUCUUACAAAUGUUGCGAGCUUGGGAAAACGAUUCAUGAAUCCUCACAGGGUAUACCGUAUAACACAAGUGAUACUACAGAAAACUUCAAGGAGUACAGAAAUGGUAACCACAGUGAUGCCUCUAUUGAAUCAUCAGACCCAAGGAGAGAUAAAAGUGGGAACACUGCAGAAGAACAAUAUAAAUAUAACAAUUGUGGGGAGUGUUUAAAUUUGUGCCCCAUCAUUAACCAAUAUCAGCAAAUCCACACUGGAAAGAAAGAACACAAAAAUAGAGAGUAUGAUGAAUUUUUUGACUCUAAACAUAAACUAAAGAUGAAACAAAUCCACAGUGGAGAGAAACCAUACCAAUGCAGGAAAUGUGGAAAAUGUUUCAGAACCUAUUUGAGCUUCAGUAGACAUCACAGAAUUCAUCCUGGAGAGAAACACUAUAAAUUUACAGAAUGUAAUAAAUCUUUUCUGUAUUUGUCACACCACAAAGUACAUUACAACAUCCAUUAUGGAGAAAAACCCUACAAAUGUACAGAAUGUGGUAAGUGCUUUUAUCGUUCAUUGGGUUUUAAAAGACGUUACAGAAUCCACACUGGAGAGGAGACUUACAAAUGUAGUGAUUGUAGAAAAUCCUUUACCUGCUGCUUAGGUCUUAGAAAACAUCAGAAUGCUAAUGGAGGAGAGAGGCCUUAUGAAUGUAAACAAUGUAGUAAGUCCUUCUAUACAUUGUCACACCUUGAGUACCAUUAUAGAACCCACAAUGGAAAGAAACUUUACAGAUGUAAUGAAUGUGGAAAAUCCCUCUCCACCUCCUCAGGUCUUCAAAGACAUCAACGAAUUCAUACAGGAGAGAAAGCUUACAUAUGUGGUGAAUGUGACAAAUGCUUUAUCCAGAAAUCCCAACUUAAAACACAUCAAAGAAUUCACACAGGAGAGAAAACUUACAAAUGUAGUGAAUGUGAGAAAUCCUUUACUGUUGGCUCAUCUCUUAGAAUACAUCAAAGAAUUCACACAGGAGAGAAACCUUACCAAUGCAGUGAAUGUCACAAAUGCUUUAUCCAGCAAGCCCACCUUAGAAGACAUCAAAAAACUCAUACAGGAGAGAAACCUUACAAAUGUAGUGAAUGUGAGAAAUCUUUUACUGUUGGCUCAGAUCUUAGAAUGCAUCAGAAAAUUCAUACUGGAGAAAAACCUUUCAAAUGUAGUGAAUGUGACAAAUGUUUUAUCCAGAAAGCCAAACUUAAAAAACAUCAGCGAAUUCAUACAGGAGAGAAACCUUACAAAUGUAGUGAAUGUGACAAGUCCUUUACUGUUGGCUCAGAUCUUAGAACACAUCAGAAAAUUCAUACUGGAGAAAAACCUUACAAAUGCAGUGAAUGUGACAAAUGCUUUAUCCGGAAAGCCAACCUUAGAAGACACCAGAGAAUUCACACAGGAGAGAAACCUUACAAAUGUAAUGAAUGUGAGAAAUGCUUUAUCCAGAAAGCCAAUCUUAGAACUCAUCAGAGAAUUCAUACAGGAGAGAAACCUUACAAAUGUAGUGAAUGUGACAAGUCCUUUACUGUUGGCUCAGAUCUUAGGAAGCAUCAGAAAUGUCAUACUGGAGAAAAACCCUACAAAUGCAGUGAAUGUAACAAAUGUUUUAUCCGGAAAGCCCACCUUAGAAGACAUCAAAGAAUUCACACAGGAGAGAAACCUUACAAAUGUAAUGAAUGUGAGAAAUGCUUUAUCCAGAAAGCCAAUCUUAGAACACAUCAGAAAAUCCAUACAGGAGAGAAACCAUAUAAAUGUAGUUACUGUGACAAAUGCUUUAUCCAGAAAGACCAUCUUAGAACACAUCAGAGACUUCAUACAGGUGAGAAACCUUACAAGUGCAAUGAAUGUGAGAAAUCUUUUACUGGUGGCUCAGUUCUUAGAAAACAUCAGAAAAUUCAUACUGGAAGAAAUCUUACCAAUGCAGUGAGUUUGACUAAUCCCUUAUCCAGGAAGCCCACCUUAGAACUCAUCAAAGAAUUGAUACAGGAGAGAACGCUUAUAAAUGCAAUGUAUAUGGCAAACUCUUUACCUGUCCCUCAGGUCUAAGAAAAUAUCAGAAAAUACAUACUGAAGGCAAAAGUUUACAUAGUAAGUAAUACAGCAUAUGCUUUAUCAAAGCUCUGUCCUUAUGGACCACCACAGGAUCCACACUAGGGAAUCAUGUACAUGAGAAAUGUGUGAAAACCUUUGAGUAAUUCUUGAAUCUUAGGGGAAAAAAAAAGUCCAAACUAAGGAAAAAUUCUGCAAAUGUGACAUUGUAGGAAAAUUUUCAUUAAGACGUUUUACCUUCUCACCUUCAAAUACUUCAUAAUGAAUAAAAAAUGGAGACACCUGAAGAAUGUGCUGUUGUGUAGCAGUUUUGUGGAGACAAGCAUUCCAUCCUGCAGGGAAGCUAAAUAAGACGGGAAAUGAACCACUCAAAAUAGCUCCCAGAACUGAAACUGUCAAGAUUCACUAUGCUUAAUUCCUUUGAAGAAACAUACCAGUCUUGCUGCUUAGAAGAGGCUUUGAUGAAUUGAGCCAUUAAAAUACAUUGUCCUUUAACAUGUAGAUAUAUCUGCAGGUGUGUAGUAUGCUAUGGGUGUCCAGUGUUCAAAAGCUGUAUUUCAUGCUGACUUGGAGUUUCAUUAUGACAACUGUCUAUGAGUAACUUUUGCUCUUGUAAGCAACUCCAGUCUCAUAUUUAUAUAAGUAACCCCAAUAAAGCCCAUUGGUUCAACGA